UCCGACAGGUCAAACAUGACCGGUGGCGUCGGUCAAUGUUCCGUUCUUCUUCUCAUCACCUCUCCUCUUUCUCUUUCUCGGAUUAUUAUUAUUCCUCUAGUCCUCCUCUCCCUUCUCUCCAAGGGGCCACUUCGCCGCCGCCUCCCGGACCAAAAAUCUCUCGUAUUUUAGAGCAAUUCGGCUCCCCGUUUCGGGAAAAGGAGGGGCGAGGAGGCGCCCGGCCGCGGAAAGGGGACGCCUUUCUUACCCUUUGGAGUAAUUUUUCCUCUUUUGGGAUCUGGGAGCGUCGACAUGGCGCAACAUGCCCAUGUUCCGAAAUUUGGCAAUUGGGAAAGUGAUGGAAAUGUCCCUUACACUCGAUGUUUCGACAAUGCACGCAAGGGUAAAGCUGGAGGGAAAUUAAUGAAUCCCAAUGAUCCUCAAGAAAACCCAGAAGCAUCUUCUAAAGAAGUUCCACCAGAUCAGGCCCUACCAUUUAGUAGUGGAUCUGAUCCUGAAGCUCCGAAGCCCCAGGAUGAGCGAUGCAUAAGCAGAGAAGGUGGUCAUCGUCGACUUACUGACUCUCCUUUACGCCAUGAUGCCCUACCUCGGAAAUCCACCUCAGACUCACCUCAUCACCGUUAUGGGGAUCAACCUAAUUCAAGUGAUCCGCCAAGGAGGGCAGGCAGAACAAGUGGUGGAUCAGACAGUCACAGCAUUGAACGUUCUCCCCUUCACCCCCAUUAUCAGGUGAAAGCUGUGAACAGAGGUGGAGUGUCUUCUCCUUCCUGGGAAAGAAAGAGUUCAUCAGAAGGUAUUCAUGGGCAUUCUUCCAACUCUGCAGGAAGAUCCAGAUUGAAGGCUGGUGGUCGAGGCGACGAAACACCUGAAAAAGGAUCGGCUGUGCCCAAGUUUGGUGAGUGGGAUGAAAAUAAUCCUUCUUCAGCUGAUGGUUAUACCCACAUAUUUAACAAAGUAAGGGAAGAAAAGCAGACUGGAUCAGCAAAAGUUCCUGUCAUUUCCAAUGAUAUAAUAUAUCCCAACGAUCUCAAGCAAGAUGGUAGUAACCAGUCUUCAAGCUGUUCAUGCUUUGGCUGGUGCGGAAAAUAAUUGGCGUUCAUGAAAAAUUUUAUGAUGCUCUGGACCUGUAGAUAUCUCCAAAGAAGGCUACUCUGUGUGCUGGAUCUCUCUGAAAAUGCUUUCUUCUCUCUUCAUAUAUGCCGUAAUGUUAAUAAUUAUGCAUAUAUUUAUAAGCAAGCACACUUUGAUUCUCAUUUCUUGUAUUUACUAGCUCUUGUUUGUGACAUAAAGAAUGCUGCAUAUUCUUUUAGUGUGUUUUUAUAUCCUCUAACCUAAGGAGCCCAGGUGUAUUCCACGUUAUAUUUUCCAGUGUUACUCAUUCUAAUGCAUGAUAGUUCUGGUUGUAUAUAAUAGUUUACAAUGUUCAUUGUUAUGAAGACUGAAUGUCAUUGGGU